AUGAGGAAAGAGGGCAAGACUAACCUCCUCUAUGGGGAAGCGUCUCUACGGUCCUCGGAGCCACCCUUCAUAAGAGAAGUGAUGGAGGUCCCAUUACCCAGCAAAUUCGAGAUGCCCACCUUUGAGAGGUAUGAGGGUCUCUCCAGCCCAAUCGACCACUUGGAUACCUUCAGGGUGCUGAUGCAGCUGCAAGGCGCUCCUGAUGCCAUUAUGUGCCGAGCCUUUGCAGCAACCCUCAAGGGUAGUGCCAGAGAUUGGUACCGGACCCUACGACCCGGAUCAAUCGUCUCCUUCUCGGAGAUGGAACAACUAUUCACCGGCCAUUUCCUCAAUAGUCGGAGGAUUGUCAAAACAACAGCUCACCUAAUGAGCAUGGUCCAGGGAGAGAGGGAGACACUAAAGAAAUUCAUGCAUCGCUUCAAUGCUGCAACCCUGGAGGCCCACAAUCUAGACAUGGGAGUGGCAUUGGCAGCCCUGACCACAGCUCUCCAACCUGGAAGCUUCUUGUACUCGUUAGGGAAAAACCCACCGGUUGAUAUGGGGGAGUUGAUGGCCCGAGCGCAAAAGUACAUCAACUUGGAAGAGUUGAUGGACACUAGGGGAAGUCGCAUUGAGUUGAAGAGGAAAAGGAAUAGCCGGGAGAUGGGCGAAUCCUCCAGGUCCGCGAAAAGGCAUGAGAACACUACGCUGCUUACCAGCCCUAACAUGAGAUGGCAAUCCAGUAAGUUCUCCACCUAUACACCCCUGAAUAUACUGCGCUCUGAAGUACUGAUGCAGAUAAGAAAGAAAGAUUAUGUCUCGUGGCCCGAACCCAUGCGAACUCCCUUGCAUAAACGAAACGUGUCAAAGUUUUGCCAAUUCCACAAGGAUCAUGGGCACAACACAGAGGAGUGCAUUCAGCUGAGAAACAAAAUUGAAGCCCUAAUAAAAAGGGGAUACCUAUCAAGGUUUAUCAAAAAAGAAGAUCCGCCGAUGAAAACUCGCGAGCAAAAGAGACCCAACAAAAACGACAAGGAAGAACAAGUCAUAGCGGAAAUUGCAGUGAUCUUCGGAGGAUCUACUAGUGCAGGAGAUAGCGGAGGCUCUCAAAAAAGGUACGCUAAACAAGUGCUCUCAGUGGAGAAAGGGGAACCAAAUAGCAAAAGAAACAGACAAGGUGAAGAUAUCUUCUUCGAUAGCCAAGACGAAGAAGGGGUACAACAACCACAUGAUGACGCAUUGGUACUCUCCUUGUUGGUAGCAAACUACAAAGUCAAGCGCGUAUUAAUAGAUAAUGGGAGCUCAGCAAACAUUAUGUUCUGGUCAGUACUAGAAGGGAUCAAAAUUGGAAAGGAAAGACUCAAAUCAAUUGCAACCCCCCUAGUUGGGUUUGGUGGAGAUGUUGUUCAUCCCAUAAGGACAAUCACGCUACCUGUGACCAUGGGGAUGACCCUACGACUAGUUACUUCAUUGACAAAGUUCUUGAUGGUUGAUCAGCCCUCGGUAUACACUAUCAUAUUGGGCCGCCCUUUUCUUAAUGCAGUCCGAGCUGUAACCUCAACGUACCACCUCAAGAUGAAAUUCCCUACACCGCAUAGGACAGGGGAGGUCAGCGGAGAUCAAGCAGCAGCUCGGAACUGCUACGUUAUGGCCCUGAAAGGAAAAAUGGAGGCAAGAGAAACCCUAACCGUGGAAGAUCUAUAG